UCCGGUCAAAGACUUACAACCCGUAAUGUCUUAGUUCGUUCGUUCCUCUUUCCCGGAAAGUUCAGUGUCUGAUUUAGGGUUCUAUUCUUUUCUUCUUGGAUCUUGAAUCCAGCCAAUUUUCUGAAUCAGACACUGUAAUCUCUGUACUUCUUUUUGUUCUUCGCAGCUGGGAGAGAGGGAAGGUUCAAAUUCUUUUCGAGUUUCUUGGCAUUUUUUUUUCUUUUUUGUACAGAUUGCUUAGGUUUUGCAGCAAUCGUACAACGAUCUUGAUUGAUCUUCGGUUUUCAGUUGCUUAGGGUUUUCGUUUAUAGUUCUUCUUUUAUGUUACUGUGAUUAUCUUCACGGAAUGGUUACGAUGCAAUCCAAUCGCUCCGUUGCUCCAGCGAUUGAUUUGAUCACAAAUCUUAAACCUCCGCACAAGAGUUUAGGUUUUCACAGAAUCUUAGUUCUGAUCAUCACGUUCUUAGCGUAUGCGUCCUUUCAUGCCUCGAGAAAACCUCCGAGCAUUGUCAAGAGUGUGCUUGGACCAACAAUUCCGGUAAACUCUUCGAGCAUUUUGCUGAAUUCGACUUUGAUUGAAUCUGAUUUGGCCACAAAUGGAACUGGUUGGGCUCCUUUUAAUGGCUCUGAUGGCACACAGUUGCUCGGGAAGCUUGAUCUUGCGUUUCUUUCUGCAUAUUCUAUUGGAAUGUAUUUUGCAGGGCAUGUUGGUGACCGUAUUGACUUGCGAUUGUUUCUUGUUUUUGGGAUGAUGGGUAGUGGUGUUUGUACGAUACUGUUCGGGCUAGGAUAUUGGUUGAAUCUUCAUUUCUUGUGGUUUUUCGUUAGUGUUCAGAUUGUUUGUGGUCUGCUUCAGUCAAUUGGAUGGCCAUGUGUGGUGGCAGUUGUAGGCAAUUGGUUUGGGAAAGCUAAGAGGGGGCUAAUUAUGGGUGUCUGGAAUUCACAUACUUCUGUUGGAAACAUCAUUGGGUCGAUUAUAGCUUCUGGGAUGUUGGAACUUGGUUGGGGUUGGUCGUUUGUGGUGCCUGGAGCUCUUGUGAUUUUUGUUGGCAUUUUGGUGUUCUUGUUUCUGGUUGUGAGUCCAGAAGACAUUGGAUUUGGAACCUCUGUUAAUGAGAUUGAAUUGAACGCAGAGGUCAGUCCAGUUGAAAAGCUGGAGAACACAGAGUCAGAGGUGGCUGUGCUGCUUGAAGAUAAGCAUUUGGAUUCUAUGGCUGCUAUUGGUUUCUUAGAGGCAUGGAGAUUGCCGGGUGUUGCACCAUUUGCCUUUUGUCUCUUCUUUUCGAAGCUUGUCGCUUAUACUUUUCUCUACUGGUUGCCAUUUUACAUCAGGCACACGGCUGUUGCUGGUGUGAUUUUAUCUGAUAAAACGGCCGGCAUCCUCUCAACCAUUUUCGACAUCGGAGGAGUCUGUGGUGGAAUAUUAGCAGGAUUAAUAUCUGAUUUGAUCGAUGCCCGUGCAGUUACAUCAGUAACGUUCCUGCUGCUCUCGAUUCCUUCUCUAGUUCUCUACCGUGCUUUCGGGAGCAUUUCCACAGUCACCAACACCUGCUUGAUGUUUCUUUCGGGAUUACUUGUCAAUGGUCCAUACUCACUCAUUACAACAGCGGUUGCUGCUGAUCUCGGUACUCAGAGUUUGAUUGGAGGGAAUUCCCGCGCUUUAGCAACCGUGACCGCGAUCAUAGAUGGCACGGGAUCUGUUGGGGCAGCUCUUGGCCCUCUAAUGGCAGGAUAUGUUUCCAGAAGAGGAUGGAACAGUGUCUUCUUCAUGUUGAUUCUUUCCAUCUUCUUCGCGGCUCUCUUCUUGGUUCGCUUAGUAAAAACUGAGAUCAAAGAAAAGUUAAACGAAGGACGAUGGUUUUCUAAUACGCAGACGUCAAUGGUUUAGAACAGUAGAUUUCUGCUAGAAAGGAGUUUUGAAAGGUAUUUGUACAUCUUUGUAUCCUAUUCUUUCCUAUUCAUUAGAAAGAUUCAUGUACCAUACACAGUAAUUGAGUGUAGAAUACAACAAAUUUAUCGAAAAGC